AUGACAGAAGCAAAAGGUGAUAUUGGUUUAAUUGGUUUAGCCGUUAUGGGUGAAAAUUUAGUAUUAAAUAUGGAAAGUCGUGGAUUCACAUGUUCAGUCUAUAAUAGAACUACAUCCAAAGUUGACGAAUUUGUUCAAGGUAGAGGUAAAGGAAAGAAAUUCAUUGGUUGUCACUCAUUAGAAACUUUAGUUCAAUCAUUAAAAACCCCACGUAGAGUUAUGUUGAUGGUUAAAGCUGGUGAAGUCGUUGAUCAUUUCAUUCAACUCUUAUUACCAUUAUUAGAAAAGGGUGAUAUCAUCAUUGAUGGUGGUAAUUCAUUAUAUACCGAUUCAGAUCGUCGUACAAAGGAUUUAGAUGCCAAGGGUAUCCUUUUCAUUGGUACCGGUGUUUCUGGUGGUGAAGAAGGUGCUCUCCUCGGUCCAUCAAUCAUGCCAGGUGGUAACCCAAAGGCAUGGGAACAUGUUAAACCAAUCUUCCAAGCAAUCUCUGCCAAAGUUCAACCAGGUGAUCAACCAUGUUGUGAUUGGGUUGGUGAUGGUGGUGCUGGUCAUUACGUCAAGAUGGUACACAAUGGUAUCGAAUAUGGUGAUAUGCAAUUGAUCAGUGAAGCCUAUUUCAUCCUCAAACAUUACCUCGGUCUCAGCAAUGAUGAAUUACAAAAAACUUUUGCCAAAUGGAACACUGGUGAUCUUGACAGCUAUUUAAUCGAAAUCACUGCCGAUAUUUUCGCAAAGAAAUGUGAAAAGGAUCCAAACACCUACGUUGUCGAUACAAUUUUAGAUUCUGCCGGUCAAAAAGGUACUGGUAAAUGGACUGCUAUCAAUGCUUUAGAUGUCGGUAUCCCAUUAACUUUGGUUGCCGAAAGUGUUUUCGCCAGAUGUGUAUCUUCUUUCAAAGAGGAAAGAGUUAAAGCUUCAACCAUUCUCGCUGGUCCAAAUCCAAACGAAGCCAACAAGAAAUUCACAGGUGACAAAGAACAAGUUAUCGAAGCCGUUAGACAAGCUUUAUUCGCUUCAAAAUUGGUUUCAUACGCUCAAGGUUUCACCAUGAUGAAAGCUGCCGCCAAAGAAUAUAAAUGGAACCUCAACUAUGGUAAUAUCGCCCUCUUAUGGAGAGGUGGUUGUAUCAUUCGUUCAACUUUCCUCGGUGAAAUCAAGGGAGCCUUUGAUAAGAAUCCACAACUUGACAAUCUUUUAACCGAUUGUUGGUUCAGAGAUAAAUUAGCUGCCGCUCAAGAUGGUUGGAGACAAGUUGCCUCAAUUUCAGUACUCCACGGUAUCCCAACUCCAGCUUUCACCUCUGCCCUCUCCUACUAUGACAGUUAUCGUUGUGCUAAACUCUCUGCCAAUCUCGUUCAAGCUCAAAGAGAUUACUUUGGUGCUCAUACCUUCCAGUUACUUGAUGAUCCAAAAGGUGCUCCAGUUCAUGUAAAUUGGACUGGUAGAGGUGGUUCAACUCAUUCUACUACUUAUAGUAUUUAA